CGCAGCGGCUCGGACGAGCAGCAGCAGGGCGACAGCAGGGCCGCCACACAUCGCUAGUCUCUACCACACUUUAUCAUUUCAUCAUUACGGUUAUGGAAUAUAGUGCUGCGGAUUAUUAGACGACUUUGAACAGGGCCUCUGUUUUGGCGGCGCACAAAGCAAUGUGGAGGAAAUAAAGAUCCUGAUACGCUGAAAACCAGAGAUUAUAGAUAAUGGGCUGUGUGCAAUGCAAGGAUAAGGAAGCAACCAAACUCACAGACGACAGAGACACCAGCAUCUCCCAGGGAGCGGGCUACCGCUAUGGGGCCGACCCCACGCCGCAGCACUACCCCAACUUCGGGGUCACCGCCAUCCCGAACUACAACAACUUCCACGCCCCGCCCGUCGGACAGGGGAUGACCGUCUUCGGAGGGGUCAACACUUCCUCUCACACUGGAACCCUAAGGACACGUGGUGGGACAGGAGUCACCCUCUUUGUGGCACUUUAUGACUAUGAGGCGCGGACAGAAGACGACCUCAGCUUCAGGAAAGGAGAAAGGUUCCAGAUUAUCAACAGCACUGAAGGGGACUGGUGGGAUGCUCGUUCGCUCACCACCGGUGGCAGCGGCUACAUUCCCAGUAAUUACGUGGCUCCGGUGGACUCCAUCCAGGCUGAGGACUGGUACUUUGGUAAACUGGGCCGUAAGGAUGCAGAGAGGCAGCUGCUGUCCACUGGCAACCCUCGGGGCACUUACCUCAUCCGGGAGAGUGAAACCACAAAGGGUGCCUUCUCCUUGUCCAUAAGGGACUGGGACGAUGUGAAAGGCGAUCACGUCAAACAUUAUAAGAUCCGCAAGCUGGAUAGUGGGGGCUACUACAUCACCACCAGAGCUCAGUUUGACACACUGCAGCAGCUGGUUCAGCACUACUCAGACCGAGCCGCGGGGCUCUGCUGUCGCUUAGUGGUUCCUUGCCACAAAGGGAUGCCCCGCCUCGCAGACUUGUCUGUCAAAACCAAAGACGUGUGGGAGAUCCCGCGGGAGUCGCUGCAGCUCAUCAAGCGUCUUGGGAACGGGCAGUUUGGGGAGGUCUGGAUGGAGAGUGCGGAUGGUUUGUGCUUUCAUUUAACGGGCGUGUGUGUGAACUACAUCCCUGACACUAUGGGCUUGAGUCAUGAUGCGUGGGAGAUCAGCAGAGACGCACUUGAGUUGGAAUUAAAGCUUGGGACGGGAUGUUUUGCUGAUGUGUUUUACGGAACGUGGAACGGCACCACUAAGGUGGCGGUAAAGACUCUGAAGCCUGGCACCAUGUCCCCUGAGUCCUUCCUGGAGGAGGCUCAGAUCAUGAAGAAACUCCGCCAUGACAAGCUGGUGCAGCUCUACGCCGUGGUGUCUGAGGAGCCCAUUUACAUCGUCACAGAGUACAUGGGCCAAGGAAGCCUGCUGGACUUCUUGAAGGAUGGAGAAGGUCGGGGGCUGAAGCUGCCUAACCUGGUGGACAUGGCUGCACAGGUAGCGGCAGGCAUGGCCUACAUCGAGAGGAUGAACUACAUCCACAGAGACCUGCGCUCAGCCAACAUCCUGGUCGGAGACAACAUGGUGUGUAAGAUCGCCGACUUCGGCCUGGCCAGGCUCAUCGAAGACAACGAAUACACAGCUCGGCAAGGCGCAAAGUUCCCCAUCAAGUGGACCGCCCCGGAGGCUGCGCUGUACGGGAAGUUCACCAUCAAGUCGGACGUGUGGUCGUUUGGCAUCCUGCUCACGGAGCUGGUCACCAAGGGUCGGGUGCCUUACCCAGGCAUGAACAACCGCGAGGUGCUGGAGCAGGUGGAGCGAGGCUACAGGAUGCCGUGCCCCCAGGACUGCCCCAUCUCCACGCACGAGCUCAUGCUGCAGUGCUGGAAGAAAGACGCAGAGGAGCGGCCCACGUUCGAGUACCUGCAGGCCUUCUUGGAGGACUACUUCACAGCCACCGAGCCUCAGUACCAGCCUGGGGACAACCUCUAAACUACCCCCCCCCCCUUCCCUCCUUCCAGACCCUCCCCUCUCUGUGAGGGCGGGGGUCGGCUUGGCUGGUACGGGACUGGCCGAAACAGUGCUGUUGAAAAAGAAAUUAAAAAAGAAAAACUCUGGAGCCUUCCCAGCCAGGUUUUUAUUUUAGGGAUGUGUACAGCUUCCUCGGCUCAACCUGAGCAUUUCAAUUCCACCAACCAACCAACCAAUUCCCCCCCCCCCCCGCCUCCCAAAAAAACAUGGCCCUCAGUCUCCAGCACGCCCCCUGGUGUCUGAACUUUGCAAAUGCAACAAUUGGGGAAGUUUAUACGGAGGGAGGAGGACUGGAGGGAGUCAAUGCAAUGAAAUGCCUGUAUUCAAUGUAAAUAAGAAAGGCUUGUUUUAGUUUGUUUGUUUGCUUCUGUUUCAGAUUUUAUUUUCUCCUGCACAAAAAUAAUAAUAAUAAUGAUAAAGACGACAGAGGCGAAAGGAAGAGAACCAUUUCACAGACGGGCACCUGACGUGUACGUUUGAUUUUUCUAGAAAUCCGAUUGGAAGCCUCAGUAUAUAUUUUUUUUUUUCCAUUUUCCAUCUUGUAUAAAAAAAAUCACCCCCAACCUGAUUGCUUUAUUCUUGACUCCUCAGUUGAUAGUAUUGCAGAGGCUUCUUCAGACGUGCAUGACACAGUCCUCCAUCAUCAGCCUCCUGUUCUUUUUCUCAGAGCGCUAGCUGUUAGCCCGCGACAUUCUUUUACAAACGAUAUACGUCACAUUUUGUAAAUUACAGUCGAGCGCGAACGGAUUUUGAACAUAUCCCUCCUCGCUUUAAAGAUUUUCAGAAAAAUGUGGGUGGAAAUGUUUCUGUCUUUCUACCGAGAGAGUUUUGUUUUGUUUUUGUUUUGCCGGAACAAAGACGGGAGGAGUUAAUUUAAGAAGAGAGUAUGUAUGUUUUUAUCUGAGCUUGUUCCUUCCAAAGGCUCUUCAGCGUCAUCAUCUUGUUUUUGGGGGAAGUUCAGCGUCCACAGUGACAUUUUCUUCCUCUCCUGCACAUCCUGCGCCUAAGCCUGCAGGCCGCCGACCUGCAAGCUCAACCCAGACCAACCUCACCUCUUGAGUUAUCUCUUAUUUUAUGUUUUACUGACAAGCUCGUAUUCUAUCAGUAUUUGUUUUUAUUUAACCCUGUCAAAGUGCUCCUUUAAGAGUCAGCCAUACUGUAUGUUCAGAGUCCAGUUCAUGCCCCAGUCCACUCCAUGAUGAAGUGAAACCUGUCUGCAUGAGCUGAACUGAACGUGAAUUAAAGCGGGCCCUGCAGCGGAGGAGCACACUGACCCCUCUGAGAUCCGGUCUUAACUCAAAUGGUUUCAUGGCUCAUGGAAACCCUGCAUUUUUUUUUCAGUUGUACAGCUAAAUGGUUUUUAAGUGUCGCUAACUUCCCUCCUUUAUAUCUUUCAUUUCCAUUUUUUAACAUAAGUUGUUUUGUUAAUUCAGUGAUUUGGUCGUUUGAAUUUCAGAAAAGAACAAUAAACAUUUUACACUCUU